AUGGGCGACUAUGGAGAGAUUGUCGAGCUUGGAUUGGAGGGUGUGGAUAGAUUCGCGACUCAUUUUCACGACCCUGUAGUGGACAAGCUGAGCAAACACAAGCCCUUCUCGCGCUCCAGGAACAAGCGCGACAGUGGACCGUCGGGUGGCCCACAGCGACAGGAAAGGCGAAGAGAGCUCCCCGAAGACGAGAGACCUUCCCAGCGUCCAGACUCACCACAAAGGCGGGAGUCUUUUCCGGAGCAAGAUCUGCCACCGCAUCCGCAGUUGCAAGUGCCUCCUCCCCCUCCGGGAGCGCCGCCCGCAGGACUACCUUACCCACCUUACCAACCUUACCCAGGAGGCCUACCAUCUGCAAUACCUGUGGUGCCUACAGUACCCUAUUCAGGAGUGCAAUUCGCGGCACAACCGCCGCGGAGACAACUGCCGCGACAGCGCUCCUACUCAGAUCCGCGAGGCGAGCGGUACGACAGCAGAUCAGUGCCAGAUAACAUUGGCGAAAUUGACUCCGACUCCGACGUUGAGCGAGGACCAAGAAGUAUGUACUCAUCAUAUGCGCCUGGCCGUGGACGAGACGACGGCUGGAGAGACGAUGGUCGAUAUGAGAGAGUUGUCGAGGAUCGCGAGUACUACGGGCCGAGAGGAACCGUGCAGCAGAUGGCAGUGCGCACGAGAGAUGCGAACCACUACCAAGGAGCAGUCACACCUCGAGCGCCGUCUCCACCAGACUACGGUUACGCACAGCGGGGUUACGCAGACGGAAUGGCCGUGCGAGGACGCCCGGAGCCACGCCGACAACGUUCUUCAUCUUGGUCUCCGCCGCGCAGAGCUGAGCGGCGGCAUGAUUCGCCUGCUCGCCGCAAGCGAUCCAAGUCUCCGAACCACCACCGUGCGUUGGCCAUCAUCGUGGGUGCUUUGGCAGGAGGUGUGGCUGGCAGCAGAGUCAAGAAGGACGACCUGGUGCCCAACACGAUGGCUACGGUUGGCGGAGCGAUCCUUGGCGGGCUCGCGGGCAGAGAAGUUGAGCAGGAAUUCGACCGGCACAAGGAGCGACGUACACACCGGGCCUACGAGCGCGGUGAAGCGAGGGAGAAGAGAAGACUGGAGCGAGAACACGACUACGACUAG